AGAAAUGAGCCAUUCAAAGCUAAAAAGAGUCAUCAGAGGAAGAACAAGACGCUGUACAUAAAGAAUGGGGCUAAGAAAAUGGCCCAAAACAAGUUCAAGAAUUCCAUGCUAAGUUUUGAGAAUGAGUCAACACUAAAAAGAGGGGAGCUUCUUCUGGAAGAGAAACAGCUUGCAACUGGAGCAAUCAAUAGAAGAAGUAUAUUUAUGAAGAAAUAGGAAGGAAAGCACUGAAACUGAAAGUCUACAAGAGACGUACUUGGAUAGUGACUCUGCUUGCCAAGAAUUGGACAAUGACUCUGAGAGAAGAAAUAUUUAUAUAAACGAAUGUAUGGACAAGAUUAGUGCCAUCAUAAACACCAUUUUUGAGCUGUAUGAGGCUUACGCUACAUUAAACAAGAUGAAAAGUCAUGAUGUUGGUGCCACCCAGAAAUAAACUUAAAGCAUCUGACCUUGUUGAGAAACUCAGAAAACAAAAAGAAAUUCUCCGAGAAAUUUCAGGACAAGUUAAGAACUUCAAGAGUAUCCCAAAAUUGAACGACUACCUCUUCGAGAUUCAAAAGUUAGCCAAAGAGACGUGAGAGUUUGAUCUAGUGUUUGAAGCUACCUGAGCCAGAGCAGAUUAUUACAUGCAAUGUAAAGAAAUCUCAAAAGCUUUGAAGAUUUUUGAGGCUCUUUCUCGAUGCUGUCGUAAACUAGACAAGCAAAAACAAUUUAUACACUGCCUCUUCAUGAUAGGAAUAUGCUAUAGAAGGCAGGAGAAGCACAAAGAGGCUUGAAACAUCUUUAAAAGAAUACUACAGAAAGCAUGGGAGUCAUAUGACCAAGAACUUGAACUCAAAGUUUAUGAAAAUCUUAGUUACGAGCAUUAUUAUCUAGAGAACAUUGAGAAGGCAAAGUACUACUUCAUGAGAUAUCACAGAGGCUGGGUCGAGACUGAAGAUAGUACUUUAAGAAAACAGUAUAUACAAAUAUAUAUGCAUAAACAACAUGAGCUUCAGAAGAACAAGAGGUUAAACCCUGAUGAGGUCAUUCAGAAGGAGGAAAAUAUUUUCUUACCUUCUCCUAGUGAUAGUAGAUCCUGAUUUAAGUACAAAGAUCGAAAUGUAUCAGACAUGAAGCUCUAUAAUACAGUCAGUAUGGAUAAGCCAGAUGAAUUCGAUGCUAGUUUUUCAGAUUUGAGAGGAAGACCUUCAACUUGCUCAUAUUCAAGAGGAAGGAGAAAGCCUUUAGCUUGAAAAAUAAAGCUAACAGAGCUUCAAAUGAAGGAUAAAAUAUCAAAAUGGAUGCGAUGUCACAUCAGAAAACCCCACAAACCCCGCACUUUCAAAGAAAUAGUAGAAUUCGUCAUUAGAAAACAAGGAUAA